ACCGACAGAGACGUGUUAUCCAAAGCCAUUUAAUAAGCUACAUUUUGUUGUUUGUUAUCGGGCCAAUUAUCAGAUCUGGAAUGCGACUAUUAAACCAGAACCGUGAUUUUUCGCGUUUACAAUAACCAUCGUCGUCGUCAGUCAUGUUUGCUCUGCAUCCGCUACUGCAGGUCUCUGUGCUGCUGGAUGCGACGCUGUGGCUCGCAGUCUCUGCCAGUCCUACCGACGAUAAUGUGCUGCGGGCCGGACACGGAGAGCACGGAGAACCGGGGCACGAGGAGCCACAUAAGGACUCCUAUAGCACAUUCGCCUCCGAGUUCCUGGAGUCCAGAUACCUGUCAGACGAAGGUUACCCCUUCCCAACUGCACCCCCUGUGGACCCAUUUGCUCGUAUCAAAGUCAGUGACUGUGGAGUAACCAAAGGAUGCAUCAGAUAUGGCAAACCAGGCUGUGACGCAGAGUCCUGUGACUAUUUCCUGAGUUUCAGACGCAUUGGCACAGAUGUGGAAUUCGAGAUGAGUGCAGACACUGAUGGAUGGGUUGCUGUUGGUUUCUCUUCAGAUAAAAAGAUGGGAGGUGAUGAUGUCAUGGGCUGUGUUCAUGAUGAUAACGGACGAGUACGGAUCCAUCAUUUCUAUAAUGUGGGCCAGUGGGCCAAAGAAAUCAAGCGCAACCCAGCACGGGAUGAAGAGGGUAUCUUUGAAAACAACCGUGUCACCUGCCGCUUCAAACGGCCUCUUCAUGUGGCACGCGAGGAAACACUGGUGGACCUGCACCUAAGCUGGUACUAUCUGUUCGCUUGGGGACCUGCUAUACAAGGCUCCAUCACAAGGCAUGACAUUGACUCCCCGCCGGUGUCAGACCGCAUGAUUAGCAUCUAUAAAUACGAGGACAUUUUCAUGCCUGCCACAGCCUAUCAGACAUUCUCCUCUCCUUUUUGCCUCCUCCUCAUCGUUGCUCUUACCUUUUACCUGCUGAUGGGCACGCCAUAACCAACAAAGAGGGACAACUCACUCUGGAGCCACUGUUAGCAUGACUGUGUGCCAAAUUAACAGUAUUAGAAGCAGACCACAAUAAGUAAGAUUCUACUAUAUCCUCAGUCUGCCUACACCAGUAUUGGACUCUGGAGUAAUACUCCAGUUAUAAGUAAUUAAUCUCUUUCAGAGGAGAGACAGUCAAUAAUAUAUAUAUAUAUUUGUGUGUGUAAUUACAAUACAAUAUAUUUUUUAUUUUGAUAAAAAAAGUGUAAUCCAGAGUGCUCUGAUUUAUUAUAAUAGUUACAGUCUACAAUAGCUGAAACAAUCUGAGCCAAACUUACAAUAUGUGAAUGUUCUAAAUAUACUUAAUGUGCAGUAAUAUUAGUGCAAAAGGUUUGUUAGUGAGAAAAUAAGUAUUGAACACGUCAUAUUUUUUUUACCUGGGAAUAAUAUUUCUAAAGGAGCUGUUGACAUGGAGUUGAACCAGAUUUUGGUAAAAACCCAAACAAUACAAACAUAAAAAUAAAACAAAACAAUAAAAUCUGAAAAAAAUUGUUAUAUGUUUAAUAACAAUGAAAGGACACAGGGAGAAAGUACUGAACUACUGAAAUGUGUUUAAUAUUUUUUAUAAAAGGCUGUUUUUGGUGAUGGCAGUCUCUCAUGUGGAGUAUGAAGUCACAUAAAUUACUCAGGUGUGAUUUUUUCACAGACUUCAACAGAGUGCAAAAGUCUUGAUGGUUCUGUGGGUCUCGUCUAUCAAAUCGGAUCUUUAAUUUGUAUUUUCUAUUGGAUUCAAGUCAGGUGAUUGGCUAGGCCAUUCUACAGCUUGAUUUUCUUUCUCUGAAAGCAUUUGAGAGUUUUCUUGGCUGUGUUUUGGAUCAUUAGCCAAAACUUUCCAUCCAAAAAUGCUGAUUAAAUGUAUGUGCAAAACUGGAAUAUCGCAAAAAAGACGUGCAAAUAAAGCAGCAUUUCCAUCCAAUGAGUCAAAGAGAAAAAAAAUCAUCACUUUCUGAUUAACUAGUGCCAAAUAUCAAAAGUAAAAAUGGAAUUUGCUGCAGUAGUAGAAGUUGCGUGAAUCUUUUCUUUAUUCAAUAACAAUGCUGACACGCAAUGAACACGUGGUGGCCUUUGAAGGUGUAAGACGCAGAGCGCAGACACUCUUGACAGUUCUAGAGGUGAUUAAUAAUAUAAUAACACUAAUACUGAAACGGUUAAGGCGUUUUAGAAUGACCAAAACAACAUUUCAGAUGUUUUACAAUGUGCUCAGUCUAGUUUGUCCAUUCAAUCACAUUUUUAUCAUCACAUGAUCUCUUACAACAACAUUACAUGACUUUUUUUAAUACGCACACUGGCAUUUUUUCGGUAAAAGUGUUUCAAUUGUAUCUUUUCAAUCUGCUCAUCUUUUCUUAUCAAAUAAAAAGUUUAUCCUACUCAGUUAUGCGCAUAUGUUAUUUAUGUGCAUAUUUUUAAAAAUGUAUGCGCAUUUUUAUACUUUUUAUAUGUAUGUCCAAAAUGCCCUUAAAAUAGGUGGAUGGAAACAUAGCUAUUAACUUGCUGAAAUGUCCACCGUGGUUUUAUCUUCAUCAUCCUGGUAAUGUAGAUGUUGGACUGAAACAGCGAAUAUUCCUUUACCAUGACGAAGGGCAGGGGGUUGCUGAACUACUGAGAGAUUUCAGUUGCUGUCUGGGCGUUCACUGCCUUUCUACACCUUUAUUUCUUCAUGUGUUUAAUUUUUUCCCUAAGUCAUUUCAUUUUAUUACAUGUAACUUAAUUUGUAAAUUAAUUCGAUUUUUUUUCUUUGCAUAUAUGGAUUUCUUUCGUUGUUACCAACAUUCGGGGACAAUUUCAAGUCAACAGCACCUUUAAAAAUAGGUUUUCUGAGAAAAACAGUGGCAGUGUUCAAUACUUAUUUUCCCAGCUGUAUUUCAUGAAGCAGUUUGGUGUGGUUACGUUGCAAAUUCAUUGAUAAAUCUACAAAUAUUUAAAGGUAUAUUUCGGCCUAAUAAGAAAUUGCUCGAUUUUAAGCAUAAAAAUUUGCAGAGGAAAGUAAAUGUGACUGCACUCCUAAAGUGGCUCAUAUCAACAGUUUAACCAAGUCACUCUAUUGAAUUUAAUAUGUUUUGCCAAAUUUCUAUUGAGGUGCUCAGCUGUUUGUAGUCAUCUGCUUUCCACUGUUAUCCCACUAUAUUACAGAACAUAUUUAGACUGGAUAUGUAAAUUAAUGCCUGUGAUUGACUACACGAAUUUCAGCAGUUUAUAAUUGGCCCUACAGCACAAUCGCGCACAUGUAGUAUUCAUAAAUCAUCACUGCCUUAGCCAGCAUUACCAGCUCAGUAUUUUGACGCAUGCCAGCAAACCAGCCUCAUCUGAGCCAUGUAGACUAGCAUCCAGCCCAGAAGAGAGUCAUCUGGUAUUCAAAUAAAUGAAUCAGACUUCCUUUACUGAGGACUUCAUGCCAUUGCAGAACUCACAAGCGAUGGAAGCAUUGAUUGCUGCCCAUGUAGAAUGAUUCAAAUCACACCAGUUUGUGUGUGGUUGAUUUCAGUUUCAAUUCUUUGGCAUUAUAUGAAAUGCCAUGUAAAAACAUUUGUACAUCAGAGUGAAGAGUUUUAUGUAAAAGAUGUUCUGAAUAAUAUUUUGCUUUAAAUGUAUUGUUAUAUUCACCUAUGUGAGGGUGUGAAGGAGUCAUCCAUUACUUUUUGAUGUGUGCAGGCCAGAGAUAAUCACGUAGCAUGAACGGAGACGUAUGCUAAAGGUCAUGGACUAAUAUGUUUGCCAGUUAUAUUUUAAUGUACUUUGUAAUUUUUCUAUUUACUUUCGAUAGUAUUAGCGAAUAUGCAAUAAGAAGUGUGUUUACGGAAGAAGUGUGAGCCAUUUGUACUUUACACAUUUGUCAUACGAGCUAGCAUCAUUAGCAGCUAACAUACAUUCUGAUGAAUUUACUGUGAAAAAUCAACAUAACCUGAAGCAAAGAUGGCCGUUUAAUGGUUCUGAACACAAUCUAUACUGCAACUGCACUUUUAAUAAAGCUAUGAAGGACA